UUCGUCAAGGCGCUUUCGUGUCGAAGCUAGCCGCUUUACCGCGUGAAAAUAAGAACCCUUCGGUUUAUUGUCACGCGAUAUUAAAAAGAACAAUUAAAAUAUUGAACAUAAAAAUGUGACUAUAAAUACUAUUUCUGAUGCAAUGCAGUCCGGAUUCUAUUGAGAUUAUAUUAAGUACCUGGGCGACCAGAUGAGCAGUUUCAGUGUGACCAGGAGCAGAUUAAGGCCACGAAAAUUGCUCCCCACGGCAGCCCGGCGCGCGCCUACAUCGCAUACCACAAGCUCGGCGCAGCGAUGGAACCCCAAACAACCACGCCGCAGACAGAAUGCGAAUGCGGUGUGCAUCCAUCUGUAUUUUACCUGCUGGCAACCCUGUUACUUACCAGCUGUUCGACGGCGAUGCUAUGUGCGUCCAUCAUGACAGACCACUGGGAGCACGUGGUGUGGGAACAUGCAGCUCUUGUCGCCUUAGCCAACACCUCCAAUACUGCAUUGCAGUGGCUGCUCGAUGAGAAAGUUGCUAAGAUCGAAGACGCAAGUAACAGAAAAGGAGGAAGCACCUUUUUAGUACCAAUGAACGGCGGAAUUUGGACCAUGUGCGUCUCUCUCGAAGAGGAAGAAGUGUCGAUAUUAUCAAGAGCCGGCUUUCCAACACAACCACUGUGCACAAAUUAUUUAGCGAAUAAUGAUGACGAUGAACCGAGAGCUGACUGGCAACAUCGCAUGCAGAAUCUAUCCAUAUCCUGUGCUCUGGUGUGCCUCAUAGUACUUGGCAGUGCGGCUUUGGUUGGUGCAUUCGGCGUCUGUAAACAUCAGAUAAGUGCUGUACUUGUCACCGGAGUUAUGUACUUACUAGCUGGACUGUUUGCAAUGUUCACUUUAAUGAUCAUACACUUCAAACGUAUACAACGAGUAUCUGCGAGAGGCAGUUCCCACGUGGAUGAUACCACGGACGGCGUGGUGGGCCCACAAGCGCCCGCCUUACCACUACUUUCAGCCAGAGAAUUCUACAACUCGUGGUCACUUGAACUCGGGUGGGGGGGAGUCGCGUUAGCAACAACUACAUCUUUACUAUGGAUAUUGCUGUCAAAAAUAAUGAGAUACAACCCUAUAUCCGCUAUGUUAUUGUAAAAUAUCUUCCCUGAUAAUAUAUAGUCAAUUAAACAUCGAUUUUAAAGACGGUAUACAAUACGGUCAAUUUUCGAUUGUCGAGGUCUACGUUGUUACUUUGUUAGUGAUGUCAUCUACUUCCUUGCGACGUUUGAAAUUUAAAUAUCGAAUAUUCAACGAAUUAAAAAAAUAGGAAUCAAACAUAAAUAUUUUUUUUAAUGUUAUAGGGCCUGCGCAGGCGAUGGACUUUUAAAUAAAAUGCUAAAACUUUGUGUGUUAUGUCCAAUUACUUAUUUCCUAUUACUGAAGUAGAUAUUGUACUAAGAAACAAAAAUAAGUGACAUCCUCUACGACAUACUUAAUGGUAGAUGUCACCGUACUUGCCAUUCAAAUAAAAAAAAAAAAGGUAGGUAUGUAUAUUUUGGUGAUCAAAAAAUUAUUUCAAGGAUUACCUUCUCCUGCGCAAGUCCAUUCUGUGCUUGUAUAAAGCUUAGUGCAGAGCUUUCAGCCGUCCAAUGCUAUAUAAUGUUAUUGUUAUGUCCCUUUCCUAACAUACCUUAUAGAAUUUACCUUAUCGUGUUGGCUUUAUCAAAGUUUACCUAAUAUGUAGAUAGUACCUAAAAUUUCCUAAAUAUCUAAAUAAUGAAACAUCUUUGUAUUUCUAAUAAGAUGGAACUGCUAAUCGCGUGAUUGUUCGUUACAGUUAUAUGUCUUUUAUGGUUAUUAUAUUUACAUAUAUAUAGGAUUAUAAAAAUCUAUCUUGUAAAAUCCUGAUCAUGUGGAAUAUGGAAAGUGUACCUACCACGAGCUUCAUAAAGUCAUAAAGUGACUUCUUCAAACGAAUGUACAUAGGUGGGAUCUCUUCAUAUAUAUAAAAUAUGACACAAAAAGUUUCAUUAGGCGACAUUACAUUAUCAAAAAAACUAUAUAGAUAUGAAUAAUACAAAUGCAGAGCAAUAGAAAUGUAUGAAACUACUAAUAUAUGUAUUUCGUCUUGUACCUAUAGCUUAGAAAUAAUCUGAUGAAAUCAGUUAACUUUCUACCACAUACAUAUUUAGGGCCUUAUAUGUAAUGACCUAAAUAUAUGUAAAUAAUAAUAUAAUAGCAACUUUCAAAGAACGCUGCCUUUACAAGUUAUUUCUCUUUUUUUUUUUGUUUACAUUUAUAUGCACACUCUUUCCUGUGUGAAAGUCGAUACGCCCGUGAAAGAGCACACGAGUAAAGGUAGUUAAUGAGAACUUUUAGCUCAUAUCUAUAGGUAGAAGAUUUUUAUGUAAUAUAGUAAAUCUUGUUAUUUUUAAUUGAUAAUAUAUGUAAUGCAAGAAUACCUAGAGUUAUUGCUAGAGGAUCAAUAUAUAAAUAUUUUA